CAGAUAUGUACCCCUAGUUGUUUAUUUUUACACUUGCUUGUACAGACCUACCACUGAAAGCCGGCUUCCACAAAUAGCUAGCUUUGCAAUUUAUGUCCCGAGGGAUGAAAAGUUUUCGCCUUUAAAGAUGACAGAUGUCCUUAGUAAUGCACAGAAAGCCAUUGCGCAAGUCUUUGCUCCUCAGCUUGCUUCUUUAGGAAAUCUCACUCUCAAUGAAUUCAACAGCUUUGAAGAUGUACUGAAAGUGUAUGAACCUGGAUCUCCAGGAUUUCUUAAGUAUCCAACGCCACAUGUUAUUAGAGGUAAUUUUGGAUGACUUUCGGUUGAUUCAUUUCUGUAAUAAUUCAAUUUUUGUUGUGUUCUCUAAAAUUUUAAAUUGGUGAAACAGAGGAUAAGUCGGCUUGGAUGUCUGAUGAAGAAUUUGGAAGAGACGUUAGCUGGAUUGAACCCUGUGUGCAUAACUGGCCUAAAAGUAAAAACUUUCAAUUCUUUGUCCAAUUCUUCUAUCUUGUCUAUUAUCUGAAGAAUGGAGUAGAUUACAUUCUUUGCAUUUUUGGUACAGGAGUUCCCCCCCACGAGCAAACUGGAUCCAAAAACUUUUGGUGACCAAACAAGCAAAAUAACCAGAGAACAAAUACAGAAUCAGCUAGAUGGAAUGACCAUUGAAGAGGUAAGUGACUAACUGUUUGUUGUUUUUUGCAAAUCCUUCCAAGUUGACUAAUCUGGUCAGUGCUGACUCAAAUGUAUAUUUUCUUCUUCUUAGGCCAUGGAGGUGAACCGACUUUUCAUACUGAACUACCAUGACAUUGUGAUGCCAUAUGCGAGGAAAGUUAACACAUCGCAUUCAAAGAUUUACGCCUCAAGAAGUGUGCUCUUUCUGCAAAAAGACGGUACUUUGAAUCCCCUGGCGAUUGAACUAAGCUUGCCUCAUCCAGAUGGAGAACAACUUGGUGCUAUUAGCAAAGUAUUCACUCCAGCUGAAGACGGUGUUGAGGGUGCUUUGUGGCGAACUGCAAAGGCAUUUGUAGCAAUUAAUGAUUCUGGAGUUCAUCAGCUUCUCAGUCACUGGUAUUUCAAACUAGCUGAAGUCCAUGUAGUGUAAUCUGUUACUGAAUAUUCGUUUGAUCACAAGUCUAAUGUUCUUCACAGGUUACGUACUCAUGCAUCAGUUGAGCCUUUUGUGAUUGCGGCAAAUAGGCAGCUAAGCUUUUGCAUCCUCACUUCCGUGAUACUAUGCAUAUCAAUGCCUUGGCUCGACAGGCUGUGCUUAAUGCUGGAGGUAUUGUUGAGAAGACUGUUUUCCCUGGACCAUUGUCGAUGGAGUUGACAUCUAUUGCUUACCGGGACUGGGUUUUCCCUGAUCAAGCACUCCCUGCUGAACUUGUUAAGAGGUAAGUCACAACUUCUUGUGCUAGUUUAUCUUCUUUGCAAUGAUUUCCUAAUGUAAUACUGCUUUUUUUGUGUACUGUUUUUCUUCAGAGGAGUGGCAGUUGAAGAUCCUUCAUCCAAACAUGGUGUCCGCUUACUAAUUGAAGACUAGAUGGACUUGAAAUCUGGUCAGCAAUCAAAAGCUGGGUAC